AUGUUUGUGACGUCCAACAUUGGCAUAGCCCUGGGCCUGUUCCUAGGCGGCGGGUGGCUGACUGGUCAGCUAGGCCAUGCCAUCGGCCCCCGUAAGAGGUGGUGGCUGGUUCUCUGCAACUUUGUGCAGAGUGGUCUCGUACUGGGCGCCGCCGGGAUACAAUAUCGGCACGGGAUAGAAAUCCAGGGUCCAACGGCGCUUUCAGUCGUGGGGCUGCUGGCCCUCGCAUCCGGCAGCCAGGUCGUGCAGUCGCGCAGCCUUGCCAUGACGGAGAUCAGUACUGCCAUGGCCACGGCAGCGUGGGUUGACCUGAUGAUAGACAAGAAGCUUCUGGUCUUUGACAACCGACCUAGGACGCGUCGGGUAGCUUUUCUGGCGUCGUUGAUCCUGGGAGCAUUCGCAGGGGCUUUUAUCUACCGCGAGGUCGGAUCAGCAACGGCAAUAGCCGUCUCUGGCGCUGGCAAGUUGCUGGUGACGGUCAUGUUCAUUUUUGCAGCAGGCUCCACCUUCUACCCGCCACCCUCCACCCUCCACUCCAGUCAGGGACGGACGCCUUUCCGUUUCACCAGCGCAAAUGGACCCCGAGCUGACAACUGCGGCUCCAAGGCUCAAGCUAUUACGCACCGAUCCACUUGUGCAUUCGACGCACCACUCCAGCGCGAGCUAAUUCACGCCAUGCUCCUCCACGGCUUCAGCUGCCAAUCCCUAGCAACGCGAACCCCGCGUGUGCCUGGAGCUGGAACGGUGCUGCGGGUAUCCGUACAGCCAGACAGCUUGACCGACUUCUUCGCUAUGGUAUCGGACAUGGCUAUGCCUGACCUCCCUGCGCUGCCCGCGCACCACGAGGAUCUAGCCAAGUACAUUGCCGCCAACCCCAGCCGCAAUGUCAACGACCUCAUUCAACCCUACCGGCAGUAUGAGAACGAGCUUAGGGCCGUCUUCGCCCAAGAUCGCAACAACCCCGUCCUUGAAGACCCUUAUAUCAACGUGCUCCCUCUCUUCAACGAGCACACCGAGCACAUCAAGGUACGCGCCAGGAACCUCGAGGCCGAGUCCGAGGAGGAAAAGUCCAAGUACAUCAUGCCCCUGUCCAAAGACGAGAGACGUCCGAACGGCUCUCCAGCGACUGUGCGGAAUCUCGCCGAGUUCCAGAACAAUUUCAACAUCUUCUCCGAGUCGUCCCUGGUGGACAUGGACUGGAGCAAUGUCGUCGCGGCUGGAUCGUCCGUGAUCAACACUCUCUUGCCAGUUCCCAAGGAGUACAUUUCCACGAAGCGCAAGCUUCGCGAGUACUACCACGAGAAGUUCUGUCCAGCCUCGGACGUCGACCUGUUCCUGUACGGGCUGAACCACGAGCAAGCCAUUGAGAAGAUCAAGCAGAUUGAGCAGUCCAUCCGCGACGCCCUGCUGAACGAAGUCACUGUCGUCCGCACCAAGUACGCCAUCACUAUUGCGAGCCAAUACCCUGUCAGGCACGUGCAGAUUGUCCUCCGAGUCUACAAGUCAAUCAGUGAAAUCCUCACGGGAUUUGACAUUGACGCAGCUGGCGGUGCUUUCGACGGCAAGCAGGUUUGGGUGACGCCCCGUGCUCUGGCUAGUUUCAUCACGCAGACCAACCACAUUGACCUCAGCCGACGCAGUCCUUCGUAUGAGAAUCGACUCUCCAAGUACUCGCACAGAGGUUUCGAGGUGUACUGGGCCGAUCUCGAUCGCACCCGCAUCGACCCAACCAUCUUCGAGAGAAGCUUUGCGCGAACACUUGGCCUGGCGCGGCUGUUGAUCCUCGAGCGUCUGCCUACCAGCUCGGCUCGCGAGGCCUAUCUCAACAGAAGGCGACAAGAGCGUGGCCGUCCUAGUGCAUACCGGCAGAAAUUCCACCUCGGAGGCAACAUCAAGGACUUCUACGAAGACGAGGUGGCUGACUGGCUUUCUGAAGAGGAAAUAUCCAACUACCACACCUUCACCGUGCCGUAUGGCGAAAGGUUCAACGCCAAGCGCAUCGAGAAGCUUUGCUACACGCGAGAUCUGCUGCUCAACGCGGAGUGGAAUCAGCCCAAGGAGCGAGAAGUGUACUUGCAUCGGCACCCAGCGUUCUUUGGGCGCGUCGAGGAUGUCAUCGAGGACUGCUGCGGCACCUGUCCGGUGCCCAAGACCGAGGAGGAGGUUGAGGUCGCCGAGAAGGAGGCUGAAAUCUACAUCUCGGGCAAGGUGUCCUUUCUCAUCGACGACCCUGGCCGCCAGCAGAUUGGAUCCUUCAACCCCCUGACUGAGCAGGAUUGGACGGACAUGGCGUAUGUUGGGAACACGGCAAGGCUGUGCCAGUCCAUCGUCAAUGCGGACCUUGAUGAUGUGCUCAACUGGCUGGCCCAGCCGGACGCGGAUGCCAACACCCGCGACUACACAGGCCGCACGCCGCUUCACUUGGCCGUCAUGGCCUCGACUCCCGAUGUUGUCAAAGCUUUCAUUGAUCACCGCGCCCGCAUCACGGCCCGGCUGGCAGAUGGCAGGACUGCGCUCCAUCUGGCGGCCUCACGCGGCGAUACGGAGAUGAUCAAACUACUGAUGGACAAGAGCAUUGAGAAUGAGGAGAUGGAGGAAGAGCGCAAGGAUCGACGACGGGCGGCCUCCAAAGCCGCCAAACCUGCAGCGGAUCCGCAGGAUGGGGAAGACUCGCAGAUGCGCUCAGACGACGAGGAUGAUGCUGAGAACGAAUCAGAUGACGAGAUGACCGACUAUGCGCAGACCGAGACAGACGUGCAUUCGGCCACUACCGGCUCCUUUAUCAAGAUCAAGGACAGCAACAACGAUGAGGAUAAGCGGGUCGACAUUGUGCCCGAUGAAUCUGAUGACGACCCCGACUACUACCAGAUUGACAUCCUCGCAUGGGAUGUCCCAUCUUCCCCCCUGCAUCUCGCGAUUGUAGGCGGGCACGAAAAUGCCGUCAAGAAGCUCUGCGACUAUGGCGCCGACUCUAUCCUGCCUGUCAAGUUCUCCGACAACGACUCUGGAAGUGCGGCGGCGAUCCUGACCUUGGUCCUCGCUCUCUCACUCCCGCCUAACAAGGCGAAGUCAAUGGCACGUCUACUCCUUAGUCUGGGCGCCAUCAGCUCGCAGGCGGAGACCAACGGUGUCACGGCCUUCCAAAGAUAUGUUGAAUCUGACAAGUUGGAAAUGGUCGACACGCUUCUUGAGCAUGACAAGGCGGGCGUCAAGAGCGCUAUCAAUCACCUUGCGUUCGGAGGCCACAGCUGGUCCCCUCAAGCAGCGGCGCCUCUCCACACCGCGAUCGAAACGGGCAACCCGUUACUUGUCCUGAAGCUGUUGGCCGCCGGCGCUUGGGUGCAAAUUGACUACGAGACCUGGCUCAAGUCUGCCAAGGUGUCACCGACUCAAUCCAGCCAGUUGAGAGAUUUAGACAGAAACAAGAGACAGUGGCGCCAAAUGGUGCAGCCUUUGGCUCUUGCGAUCAAUCACGGCCACUUUGAGAUGGCCCUGGCUCUUCUGGAGAACGGCGCGGAUCCAAACACCCUCACCGGAGAGUCGGAGUUGCUCUUGAUAGACACCCACCGGAGAUCGUGGAAUACAGGUAGCUCCGUCCUGGACGAUGUUAACGAGAUCAUCAAGCAACUUGAGAAGGGAACCUCGGAGGAACGAAAGGCUCUGGAGAAACCCCAAAAGCGACCUGGGCUCGACGAAUACAUGCAGAACUUCCAGGGGGGUUCCUACGCCCGAUGGGUGGCGGGCAGGGCUGUCGCGGAUGCGCAGAAGAAGUUUGAAGCCUCCAUGGCAUCGUACGAAAAUGAGGUCACGAAGAGGGAGAAGGGCGAGGGCGAAACGGCAGAGCAAGCCAAGUUUGAUGCCUUGAGGGAGUUGACCCAGGAGUUCGUCAAGCUCCGCGACGCGCUCAUCGCCAAGGGAGCAAAGGCAUUCAAGGAGCUGCACCCGGAAAUCGCCAAGGAGACGAGCAACAACCGUAACCGGACCUAUGGCAAUCUGUCCCAUUAUAUCCAUCGCACGGGCGCUGACAGUGAACUGAGCAAAAAGCCGUUUGAGGUCAGCUUCCAGUUCCAAGGUGUGUCAGACAUGACCGAUGCGCGUCGAGAUGCCUAUAUCGAACUCUUCGACGCAGCGUGGGAUGGCGACCUCGACAAGAUCAAGGCACUUACUUUGCAGGCUUGGGGUCCCAACCAAGACGAGCCACCGCUCAAGAUGGCUGUUGAUGAUACUUUGAACCAGACGCCCUUCUCCAUCGCAUUCCUGUGCGGACAUCACGAUGUGGCCACUGCCAUCCUCGAAAUCAUCCAAGCGCAGUGGUCGCCCCAUCAAGAAGACAAGCUGCGCUACAAGAUGAAGACUAAGGAUGACGACAGCGAGGCGGAGUACAGCGACGAAGAUGCUGGCUCGGAGGACUCGGAUGAUCAACCACAGCUCGUUGCUGAAAAGGCGGAGCACAAGUACACCAUCGACGACGUCGGGCAAGUCUCCAUGAGCGUUGAGUCGCAUGUGACGCCUCUCGAGACCCUGAGAUACCGCAGACGCUGUUUCAAGAAGGGCGCAGAGCUCGAAGACGAGGGCGUCAAGACUCUUUUCGCCCAUUGCGUGGACGUGGAAGAUGCAAAGGGCCUCAGGUACCUGAUUGGAUUGGGCCAGUACUGGACGAGAAACGACAAGGCGCAAAACCUCACGGAAGAAGAAGAGGUGGGAGACCAGAAGCGAUUCACGGUGGAUCACGACGAAUUGCUUCACGCAGUGAAAGCGGGUAAGACCGAUAUGCUUGGAAUCCUCAUCAAGCAAACCGGCGCCGGUAUCCCGCUGGACCACCUCGUGAAAAAGAGUGGCGCGACUAUCACGAAGAAGCCCCGGUUCUACCAGGGCCUGACGGUGUACGGCAAGAAGCGGAAGGACUGGGCGAAUGCAGGGAGGAACAUGGUGACGAGGGCUACCGGUAUCAGGACGCCCCCGCUCCUGCACGCCGCGCUCGCCGGCAGCAUCGAGAGCACCGAGUUCUUCCUGAGCGAUGCGCCGCACCGACUGUACAGCGAGUUUGGCAAGUCCAAGGCUGCCAAGGAGGACGUCCGCCUCAAGGUCCUGAGGGACCGUCCUGGCGGCUUUGACAGAGCCAUCGCCACCUGGCUUGGGGCCGACAACGAGCUCGUGAUUCACUGCGCCGUCCGGGCAGACAUUGGCGAACGGAGCAAUGAGCUGCUCGACUACCUGAUCCAGACGUGCCCGACCGCCAUUGACAAGAAGACACCGAACGGCGACACGCCCUUGAUGGUGGCAUGCCGCCUCGGGCGCCGCGCCUUCGCGCGCCUCCUGAUCGCUGGCAACGCUGAUCAGAGUACCCGCAACUCGUCUGGAGAGAACCUGGUGCAUGCCGUGCUUGCCCUGAAGCCCUCCCCGCACAGGUUGCGCACCAUAAUGUCCGAGCUCGACUUGGAGCUGGCGGCGGACCUGUGCACGCAGCGCAAUAACCUGGCUGUGGGCGGACAGAAUCCCCUCCAGGCGUGGGUGGCCACGAUAACUGGUGCCGCGCGCGACGACAAGGUCGAGAUGCUGCGUCUCAUCCUGGAGUACGCGCGCGGCCAAGGUGUUGACGCUCUCGACGCAAAAGGCGAUACGGCCCUCCACGCCGUCGUCAUGGCCAAAGAUUUCGCCUUGAUCAAGGCUCUGGUGGACUUCAACCCGGCCCUCCUGCAGCGAGAGAACGCAGUCGGCCGCACGCCGGCCGAAAUUGCCGAGGACAACCUCAAGGCCAAGCCACUGAAGCGACCAGGCGGGUUCGUCUAUACCACCAACACCCGCAAUUAUGGUCAUCAGAUGGUCACACAGUCGCCGAACAUGUUCAAGCUGAACAAGGCUCUCGCCGAGGCGCGCAAGACGCCCGCCGACCGAGCCCAUGUCGAGAACCUCGGUCUUCGCGGCGACUACACCGUGGCGGUGCUCAACACCAUCCGCCAUGAGCUUGGCCUGCGCACGCCGGACGAGCCGUACGAGGCCAACAUGCGCGACGGGAGCGACAAACUUCAAGCCAUCUGGGAUCUCUGCUCCACAGCGAUGGAGCGCUGCCCUACCCAUCGCCGUCUCGUGAGCUUGAACGAGGCGAACGACGUGGCGCGCCGGCUGGGCGAGCAGGAGAAGGAUAGUGGGAAACGCGGGUGGUUCGGCGUCAACUCGCGUAAAAGAGACGAUGACGACGAGGAAGAUGAGGGAGAGGAGAAGGAAGAAGAUACCAACAACCUGGCAUCCAGGAUGGUCACUAAUCACAUGCCUGCGGGCUGGGCUGCUUUUGGCAGGGAGAACGGCGAGUUGAAGGGUCUGGAUCGUUGCGCGGUAUGCGAGUAUUGGCAUGAAUGA